AUGCCCCGCAAGCCCCGGCACUCGCUCGAAGUCUUCGACCGCCUCCUCGACCGCGCCUUCGCCCCGCGCCCCGGUCCAGGCCCAGGCCCCGGUCCACUCCCAAACGCGCUCUCGCUCGCGGGCGAGUCCGCGUCCGCGCGCGCGCAGGCGGAGCUCCCGCCCUCGCCCACGACCGCCUUCUUCUCGCCCGUGGACCCGGGGAGCCCGGUCCCGGUCCAGGACGACGCCGCGCUCGAGCUCGAGGCGGUCUGGGAGGAGGUGCGCCGGCACAAGGCGCGCGCGCUCGCCGGCGCGCCGUCCAAGGUCAAGUCGCUCGGCGGCGGCGGCGGCGGCGGCUGGACGGCGGGCCCAGGGCAGGGCGAAGACGCGCACUCGCCGACGAACACGCUCGUGCCGUCGCCGACGGGGGAGGAGAAGAUGCACGUGCACGUGGGGCUCGGGCUCGGGCUUGGGCCCGCGGCGGGCGAGAAGGGGCGGAAACGGCUCGCGAACCGGCGGUCGAGCGCCGACCGCGUCCCCGGCCUCUGCAGCGUCAACUUCCGGGAGUCCACAGACGGCAGGAAUAUGGCGAUCACCUUCGACCUGACGGGCGUGAAGAAGCAAGACAUGCACGUCAGCUACCGCGCGAACCGGCUCAUCGUCAGCUGGCGGCUCGACAAGCUCGCGGAGCGGCACGAGGCCGGCGUGCUCGUCCGCGAGCGCGAGGUCCGCAAGUACAGCCACACCAUCCCCCUCCCCGACGGCACCAAGUUCGACGAGGUCCGCGCGUCGAGGGACGGCCCCCGGCUCACGCUCACGGUCCCGAACAUGAGGUGCACGCGCGCGGACGCGGAGGAGAGCGAGCGGCCGCCGAGCACGCAGAAUAUGCCCGACAUCGACGCCGCAUUGUCCGCAGUGACAGAGUUUCACUCCUGCUAG